AUGGCUGUGAGUGUGAUUUUGGACAUUGAGGGCACAAUUUGCCCGAUCUCGUUUGUCAAGGACGUGUUGUUCCCGUACUUUCUGGCACAAUUGCCCGACAUCCUGGAUAGAUACACCUACCCGAUCUCGCAAAACUCCACCGACACCUUGGAAUCCAUCCUGGCCAAGUUCCCGCAAGCCACACUGGUUUCCAAGACCCAAUUGCACAGCCAUAUCAAGUCGCUGGUCGACAACGACGUCAAGGACCCGGUUCUCAAGGAACUCCAGGGCUUUGUCUGGGAAAAGGGCUACCACGAGGGCCAAAUCCAGGCCCCGUUGUACAACGACGCUUUGCAGGCCAUCGGCACGUGGUCCAAAGACCCUGCGAAAAAUGUGUACAUCUACUCUUCUGGAUCUGUCAAGGCGCAGAAACUGCUGUUCCAGUACGUCAAACCCAUUGACAGCACAGGUCCGGUCGAAUCUCAGGACAUUAACAGCCAACUUUCCGGCUAUUUCGACACAAACAACGCAGGCCCCAAAAUCGAGGCCAGCAGCUACCUGAAAAUCGCACACGCUAUUGGCUCCGACCCUUCCUCAUGUGUGUUUCUCAGUGAUAACCCAAAAGAGGUGGAUGCCGCAAUUGCUGCUGGAAUGAAAAGCUACCUGGUGGUGCGGCCAGGAAACGCUCCGGUCGACUCCACAGCCACGAAAAUCACCUCGUUCGACCAACUCUCCAUAUAA